AAUUCAGCUAUUUAAAUGUGUUAAUCGAAUUAAGGCAUCAAGCAGUAUCCAUUGUCAUAUCACAGAUCAAAAAGAUUGCGUCACAUCAUUGUCAAAUAAUCGAUAAAAAUAUAGAAAAAAAAGUGAUUUUGCUUAAAAAAAAUUAAAAUAUUAUUUCAUCAUUUUUGCGUGUUUUUAAGCUUUUACACAAUCUAACGACAUAGUUACAUCGUCAAUAAACGACUAAGAUAAGAAAGUAAAAAAAAAGAGUUUAAGUGUGAAAAAAACAGUAAAUUAAGGAAUAUAUAAAAUGUCAACAUCAUCGCCACCAGCUCGUGUACCAUCCAGUAGUCAAAUUCCAUCAAAUAGCUCAACAGCUACGUUAAAUGAAUCAUCCAGUCCACAGCAGCAACAACCACAACAAAUUGCAUGGCCAAGUUCAAUGAAUGAUUAUGAAUUGGGUGAUGUGAUUGGUGUCGGUGCUACAGCAAUCGUUCAUAGUGCUUAUUGUAAGCCACGAAAUGAGAAAUGUGCCAUUAAACGAAUUAAUUUAGAGAAAUGGAACACGUCUAUGGAUGAACUAUUAAAAGAAAUUCAAGCAAUGAGUAGCUGCAAUCAUGAGAAUGUAGUAACAUAUCACACAAGCUUUGUUGUUGGCGAGGAAUUAUGGCUGAUAUUGCGUCUUUUAGAAGGUGGAAGUCUUCUCGAUAUAAUUAAGCAUCGUAUGAGAAAGUCUGAUUGUCGUCAUGGUGUUUUCGACGAAGCUACAAUUGCAACCGUUCUUAAAGAAGUCCUUAAAGGCCUUGAAUAUUUUCACAGUAAUGGACAAAUUCAUCGCGAUAUAAAGGCUGGCAACAUAUUGUUGGGCGAUGACGGCACUGUACAAAUUGCUGAUUUUGGUGUGUCUGCAUGGCUCGCAACUGGCCGUGAUAUGUCGCGUCAAAAAGUUCGACAUACAUUCGUUGGAACACCUUGUUGGAUGGCGCCUGAGGUGAUGGAGCAAGAUCAUGGCUAUGAUUUCAAGGCCGAUAUUUGGAGUUUUGGAAUUACGGCGAUUGAAAUGGCCAGCGGAACUGCUCCUUAUCACAAAUAUCCACCAAUGAAGGUACUUCUGCUCACCUUACAGAAUGAUCCACCGAAUUUAGACACCGGAGCUGAAGACAAAGAUCAAUAUAAAGCAUACGGAAAGACAUUUAGGAAAAUGAUAAUGGAGUGCCUACAAAAAGAUCCAGCAAAGCGACCAACAGCCAGUGAAUUGCUUAAGAAUCCAUUCUUUAAGAAAACAAAAGAUAAAAAGUAUCUAACACAAACGUUAUUGCCGACUGGUCCAUCAAUGAAAACGAGAGUGAAUAAGGCUUCAAAACGUCAACCAGGUGCAUCUGGUCGGUUACAUCGUACGACUAGUGGCGAUUGGGUUUGGUCUAGUGAAGAAGAAGAUAAUGGCAAAGAUUCAUCGGAUUCUGAGGAAGAAGGCAAGCCGAAGCCAUUAAAUCAAAUUGAACAUGCUGACUCGUCAGACGAUGAGCAUGAUGAUUCCGAUCCGUCGACAACAACUGCGACAGAUCCAACAGCUGCUUUAGAUGUAACGAACAAAUUGACUGUUACGGAAGAUGAAUUUCGUGUUGUGAAUUUGGUGCUAAGAAUGAGAAAUGCAAAUCGUGAAUUAAAUGAUAUACGCUUUGAGUUUGUUGUUGGUAAAGAUACAGCCGAUGGAAUAGCCUCGGAACUUGUUGGUGCCGGACUUGUUGACAAUAAUGACAUGACCAUAAUGACGGCAAAUUUACAAAAGCUCAUCGAUCAACGAAAUACGUUAAAAACUGUAACAUUUCAAUUAGCUAGCAGUAUGGGUGAAGUGCCGGAUGAAAAGUCGCUAAUUGGAUUUGCGCAAAUAUCAAUAACUGAUUAAGAUUCUUAUUUUAAAUGCUGUCUGUGUGUGCGUGUUCGGGAACCGAAAAAAAAUAAUGCGGGAAAAAAUGAUUAAUUAUUUUUAU